AUGGGAUUUAAGUUUUCCUAUGUGUGCGAUCUCUUUUCGAACCUCGAGGCCAACCUUACCUUGAAGGUGUCAACCGCAUCUAUAAAGAGAAACCCAGAUCUUGCAACCAUUGAGAGCUGGUUUAGUCACUAUGCGAAGCAAAUCCAUGACGGAAAGACGGAUCGUCUUGCUCUUCUAUCAUGUUUGUUUCCGGAAAGGCGCCCGGAGAGAGUAUUUGGUUUAAAGGAGCCGUCGCUCGUCAAGGUUAUUGGUCGAUGUCUUCUUCUUGGGGUGACAAAGAGACAGGAACUAGAUUCGUAUAGGACGUGCGGGAAUGGGGAUCUGGGGAAUUGUGUGGAAAGGGUGAUGAAACAAGCGGAGGAUGACAUCCAUGAGGAGUCUGGAGUAACUGUUGAAGAAAUCGACAAUGUCUUAAAUCAGAUCGCAUCUAGAUGUCGGUUCUCCGGCCCAGAUUUGAGGCGACAGCGAACAGCUGCAAACGUGGAUGAAGCGCUUUCGCCAGUUUUCCGGCGGCUUACUAGCCGUGAGGCCAAGUGGUUUACAAGAAUCAUUUUGAAGGAUAUCAGCCCCGUAACCUUGCCGGCUCCUUUUGUCUUGAGAAAUUUUCAAUUUCAUCUUCCGGAUCUGCUUCUAGUGCAGGAUUCUUUUGGGGCUGCGCUAGAUUUACUGAGCUGUGACCCUAUGAGACGAUUCCCUCCUCGCCCAGAUCCCCAAUAUGCUAAGCUUCUGGUUUCUUUUGCGGCAUCUCAUAUACCCCUUACCGUUGGAAUAAAGGUUGGAAGGCCAAUUUUUUACAAAGCCAGAGGGGUUAAACAUUGUUGCAAGAUGGCAGGAAAACGCACAAUGAGCGUGGAACGCAAAUAUGAUGGAGAGUAUUGCCAGAUACAUAUUAAUCUUGCCAAACGACCGAACUGCAUACAAAUUUUCUCAAAAAGUGGCAGAGACUCAACUGCGGACAGGAGCGGUGUUCAUUCCACUCUAAAGGAAUGCCUAAGGAUCGGAAAGUCCGGCAGCAAAAUUUCCCGGAACUGCAUUUUAGAGGGAGAACUUCUCGUCUGGAGUGAUGUGAAAUCGAAACUACUGCCGUUUCAUAAACUUCGAAAACACGUUGCUAGAUCUGGCUCCUUCAUUGGGGCAAAGAACGAUUCCCAACCGCAUCCCUACGAACACCUCUAUAUAAUGUUUUUUGAUAUAUUGUUGAUUAAUGAUGACGUUUGUUUACCGAAAUCGUAUCGAGAACGCAGGGUGCUACUAAAAGAAAUUGUAAACCCUGUCAAAGGGCGUGCUGUGAUCGUGGAGCAGGAAUAUAUCGAUUUUUCCUUGCCAAAUACUGAGGAGGUUUUAAAGGCGCAUUUCUCCAGAGCUAUUUCGCAGUGCUGGGAGGGGCUUGUUUUAAAAGGCAGUGAAGAGCCGUACUUUGCUAUCGACCAAAAUGAAGAUCCUAACAUCGGACACUGGAUUAAAUUAAAGAAGGAUUAUAUAACAGGGCUCGGUGAUACCGCAGAUUUCGCUAUAGUCGGGGCCAGGUACGAUGCUCGCGAGGCGACGAAACUAGUGGAGGUAAAAGGCCUCACGUGGACUUCGUUCUUUGUAGGAUGCAGAGAAAAGAAUGGCAGAUUCUUCUACAAUUCGGAACCGGUAUUCCGUAUAGUAGAUGUUGUCAGCCGAAACAACAUGAACAUUCAACUCAUACGAACGCUAAAUCAAUUCGGCCAGUUUUGCAGUUGCGUUUUGGAUGAUGAGGACCUUCCACUUUCCAUCAGAAGCGAUCAAAUACAACUGCCUGAACCACAGGUUCUUUUCAAAACCCCGUUUGUGGUUGAGAUGCUAGGAGGUGGUUUUAAGAGACGUCCAGGUGUAAACUAUUUCACAUUACGAUUUCCCCGGGUUCUGAAGAUACAUAACGACCGGGAUGUUGAGGACGCUACAACCUUAGAGGAGCUGCAAAUGUUGGCAAAAGAGGCCAGCUCAGUCCCGACGGAUGAACUAUCGCAGGAGCGCGUCCGGUGGGAGGAAAAGCUAGAAGCUGCAGAUGGCAACCCUGGAUAUAUCAUGGAUGCGUUAGAGCAAUCGUCCAUGUCUGUGGCCUCAGGAGUCUCACCAACGGAAGUAUACAAUCAAUCUCCCAAUGAACACAGAGACCCAUUGUCUACAAUUGAACAGGAUAUUUUACCUGAAUUACCACAUAGUACAGAGAUAGCUCCCUCAACGCCAACACUUUCCUCACCAAAACCAACAGAAAUUAGUAUUCGCCAAAGGGGUCCGAAAGAUGCAAGCCAGAAACGAUUUAAAAGAUUGAGAUCACAAUCACCUUGCAUCACAAUACGUGCAGAUAAUACGCAUACAAUGACGAACACCAGCAUUUCAAAUUCACAGGAUGAUCAGAUGAGUCGCCAUUUGGCGAAUCUCACCAACCUAUCCCAAUCCAAUACAAAUCAAACCAACCACCGUUCCUCUGAUAGUCAGAGCGUAAUAGAUUUGACAACAAUCCCCAACAGUCAAGUAGAAUGUAUGGCAACCCCUGGACAGUGUACAGAAGUCGAAUCACAGGGUUCACUUGAACCAGGCCAGCAAGCUCCAAGCCAAUCAUGUAGCCAGGAUCAACUACCCUCUAAAGUCAAUGUUGGCUUCAAACGGAGAAAGUUAUCAGCACAGGCAUCUGUCAGUUUAGACAGCAUAAUCAGGUCUACCAACCUCUCUCUCAGACCCCCAGCUUUCCUAUCUGAAACACCCAUCCUGAGAGGAACUGGAGUAUCUCAUAAUGGUAUUCACCUCAUUUUCCAUAGUGCAAAUCAACACCUCACAUCCUCUUUCGCCGAUUUCCUCGACAGCCCCAAUGCUCUUGACGCAACGCAGAUAGCUUCGGACAUUGCGCAAAUCGGCAAUUUGCUUGCCGCCAAACAACGUGUUGGAACACUUCCAGUUCAAAGAGGGAAAAUAUUAUUCCUCCACUGGAAAGCAUUUUUCGAGCACGGCCUAAUUGAAAAUAGUAAAGUGAAGCAGUUCGAGGGAAUUCGAGAACAGUGGGAGAAGGUUGGGGAAAAGGCUUUUGCUGGGUGCUUGAAGUGGGGAUACGGUAUGACCUCUCUUCGACGGAAGCGGAAACAGAGAAUUUUCGAUCAUGAAGUUGAUGGGAAAGCUGGGGAGAAUGGCCCCUUGGGUGUAGUGUCUUCUUCCCCCCCGCCCACGGAUGUGGAUGUUCAGUUAAGCUUCUAUUGGAGGGAGAUAUAG